AUGGCAAAAGAGCAUCACAAAUACGUGGAAGUUCCAGUUGCAUGCAUCAUACUCAUUGGCUUGUUUGCCCUUCAGCAUUAUGGCACCCACAGGGUUGGAUUCUUGUUCGCACCAGUGGUUCUAUUGUGGCUUUUGUGCAUCAGUGCUAUUGGGGUAUACAACAUCGUACACUGGAAUCCUCAUGUUUAUCAAGCUCUAUCACCCUAUUACAUGUACAAGUUUUUGAAGAAAACUCAACGAGGAGGUUGGAUGUCCUUGGGUGGGAUUUUGCUGUGUAUAACUGGCUCAGAAGCUAUGUUUGCUGAUCUUGGACACUUUUCUCAAUUGUCAAUCAAGAUUGCUUUCACCUCGUUGGUUUAUCCAUCGUUGAUUCUUGCAUAUAUGGGACAAGCUGCUUACCUAUCUCACCAUCAUGUUAUUGACAAUGAUUACCAUAUUGGAUUUUAUGUAUCUGUUCCGGGUAAAUUACGAUGGCCAGUUUUAGUUAUUGCCAUCCUUGCUGCAGUAGUGGGGAGCCAAGCCAUAAUCACUGGAACAUUCUCCAUAAUCAAACAGUGCUCUGCUCUGGGCUGCUUCCCAAGAGUCAAAAUAGUUCACACGUCGUCCAAAAUCCAUGGUCAGAUCUACAUCCCAGAGAUAAAUUGGACUUUGAUGCUGUUGUGCUUGGCUGUUACUAUUGGUUUCAGGGACACAAAACGUCUGGGUAACGCCUCAGGCUUGGCAGUUAUAACAGUCAUGCUAGUUACUACAUGCCUGAUGUCUCUGGUCAUAGUCUUAUGCUGGCACAAGAGCAUCUUCCUCGCAAUAUGCUUUGUAUGCUUUUUUGGCACAAUUGAAGCUCUUUACUUCUCAGCUUCCCUCAUAAAGUUCUUGGAAGGGGCCUGGGUCCCUAUUGCCCUCUCAUUCAUCUUCCUGAUUGUUAUGUGUGUGUGGCACUAUGGUACACUGAAAACGUAUGAAUUUGAUGUCCAAAACAAGGUCUCCAUUAACUGGCUACUUAGCUUGGGUCCCAGCCUUGGUAUCGUCCGUGUCCGAGGAAUUGGCCUCAUACACACAGAGUUGGUGUCUGGAAUCCCAGCGAUCUUCUCUCACUUUGUUACCAACCUUCCAGCAUUCCACCAAGUCCUAGUCUUUCUCUGCAUCAAAUCCGUCCCUGUUCCACAUGUUAGAGCCAAGGAACGGUUUCUAGUGGGGCACAUUGGCCCAAAAGAGUACAGGUUAUAUAGGUGCAUUGUGCGAUAUGGAUAUCGUGAUGUUCACAAGGAUGACAUGGAGUUUGAGAAGGAUCUUGUAUGCAGCGUAGCAGAGUAUAUUCGGUCGGGGAGUGCUGAACCCAAUGGUGCCAAGGACGAAAUGGAGAGUGAAGAUGACAAAAUGACAGUAGUUGGAACAUGCUGUACUCAUACAGAUGGAAUCCAGUUGCGGGAGGAUGCUGUUGACAACAUAGAGUCAGCUGGCACCUCAGAGUUGAGGGAGAUAAAGUCACCACCUGUGAUUCAACCUAGGAAAAGAGUAAGAUUUAUAGUACCGGAUAGCCCGAAGAUCGACAGAGGUGCUAGGGAGGAGCUGCAGGAACUUAUGGAAGCUAGGGAAGCUGGGAUUGCUUACAUACUAGGGCAUUGUUAUGUGAGAGCCAAGCAAGGGUCUAGCAUGCAGAAGAAGCUUGUGAUAAAUUAUGGGUAUGAGUUUUUGAGGAGAAACAGCCGGCCACCCGCCUAUACACUAAGUGUACCACAUGCAUCUACCCUGGAGGUGGGGAUGGUAUACCAUGUUUAA